AUGACCAAGGUUACUGUCCAGAUCGACGCCAUCUGCACCGCAGCGACCUGCAAGCCCACGCGGAUGAAACACAUCAGCACCUCCCCGCGCAUGUUGCUCGAUUCCGACGUCUUUGCCACUCCCUUCCUCAACUCCCUUCUCCUAGCGUGCGGGAUGCCGCAACACGAAGGCGACUAUUCGACCUUCGACAGCGAUAACGGCCUGGUUGACCUGAAGAGCGACCUCAACGGAAACAGACUCAAUAGUCCAUACCUUCUCGAACAGCGGAGUACCGAAGCUCAAUUCUCACUAUCGAUGUCGGUCACGCGAUAUAUGAACACGUAUUUCACAUCAUCCCAGAUGCUCCGCUAUGAGAGCAGUUUCCAGGAUGACUUGGCAGUCAAGGGGUCCAUCACGCUGAACGACAACUCGGACUUUAGUUUCUUGACCAUGGACGGCGCCAUAUAUAAUUCCCAAUAUUCUCUGUAA